CAACUAUUAGCCAACCAUUCCCCAAUCCUCACUCCACAUACUACAUUAACAUUACAAAUCAAAGAAAGGAAAACAAUGAUGCUUUCAAGGGAUAGAGAAUAGAGACCAGAAAAAAAAAAAGCUAUAUCAUAUCUUUUCUUUCUUAGAAAGAAUUUCACUAACACUUAUCCCUUUUGUUCUACUCAUCAUUACAUAUCUUUGAACACAUUUGUUAAAAUUUGUUGGACAUUGUGGUUUGUAGCAUGGAUCGCCCUCGAGCACAUUCAUCUCCGCAUUUAGUUUCUUCACCAUCAUCAAAUAACGCUGAAAGGCCACAACCACAAGAAGAUUGCAAUUUAGAAGGCAUUACCACAAAUGUUAGAUUGCUGCUGAAACUAAUUCAAGAUCAUAAUGGAGCAAGCAUGAAAGAGAACGAAGAGAGAAAGGUCCACAGGGUGAAUGGGAUCAUGUCCAUUUUAGAUGAGGUUAGGUCCAGGAUUCAAAGAAUCCAAACAUCUACCAAGAAAAAAGCAGAACUUAGAAGGUGUAACACAGAUCUUAGGCCUACAAUUCCAACUUCCAAUGAUAAAAGGCAGCCUGAUUUGCCAAUAGAUGAGAAGGAAAGGCUAAGGAGGGAGCUUAAUGCGAGCUUCAUGGCGCGACAGAGCCUUCAAGCCAUGUGUGCGAGUUUGGGGAAAGAAAAGCAGAUUAUGGCUUCAGAACUUGCAAGAAAGGCUCAAGAGUUGGCAGAAAUGGAAGAGCUCUUGGUUGAUCUCAAGACGCAAAAUAACAUGUUGGCAGAGAAGCUGUAUGCUUGCAGCUCAGAAAAGAAGAGCAACGAUGCGGAAAUUGAAGGCAACAUAGCAUUGCAGGAGCGAAACAGGGCACUUACAGAACAACUCCACAAGUCCCUUGAUGCUUAUCGAUCUUUGAAGCACAAGUACAAAGAUGCACGAGAGGAAAACCAAGAAAUCCAUGCCACAUUGGAACAAUUGAAGGAGGAAGUUGAAGCAGGCACUCAAAGGAUACAUGGCUUCAAGGAACAAGUCAUAAAGAGUCAUGAAAACAUAUUUGCAGAGGAGAUUUCCGCUAUAGAGAACAUGCUUGAAUCUCUUAGCCUCAAAAUCUCAAAACAUGAUCAGAACAAAACUUAAUGUGUCUAAUAAUAUGAGAUUGCUAGAGGCCAAGAUAAGAAGCAUGCAUUAUUGGAAUCAAGUUAUAAUCACACCCUUCAUGUAUAAUAUGCUCUUAUUCACUUCUUUGCUUACCUGUCUAGGAU